CACUCUCAACUACGUAAUGUUAUAAAGACAAAUAUCUACAAAUGACCACGAUUGAUUUGAAGAUAUUUGAAAUAUAUCAAUGGAAUACUAUAUUUUGCUCUUCGUUAUCCUAGAGCACGUUAUAAUAGGAGCAACUUUUUCAAUUUCAUCUCGUUUUUGGAAUGGAGAUUUAAAGUUUACCUGGCCAAAAAUAUCAGAUUAUCAGGACGUCAGUCUUACACUUGAUGGACAGAAUCAGGGGUUUACCAGAGAAUAUGACGGACAGGUCACUGUUGUCGAUGUCCUGAGAUACAAUGUUGUCGCCAUCUUAGUGCGUGCAACUAUCAGUUAUCGGUACCAUGAAAGCAGAUCGGAAUACAGACCUAACGUUAUGAUGACAGUAGAAGGUGGGGCAGUGGAAAUAACACUACCUAUUCCCCACACACCAGAAAACGUUGUUUACAAGGUGUAUAGGUUACACUCAAAAGAAGAAGCCACAAUUAUUCCUGAUGUUCGGUAUCAAAGCGGUUCUCCAUACAAGCUUCGCUAUACUCAAAGUCAUAUCAUAUUUGAAAUAAAAAAUGUGUCAACAGAGGACGCAGGGUUUUAUAGCGUGGGGUACACUGUUGAAAAUGCAAGAACACAGAAUGGUGUGAUUCUUGUUGUCAAAGCCAAGCCAAAUAAACCAAUCAUAAGUGGAAAUAAUAGAGUUCCGAUUGGACAAAAGACAACAUUAUCAUGCUCAUCGUCUUCGCGAUCAAAGCCAAGUUACUACAAGAAAUUUCCUCCGCUUUCCUAUACCUGGUUUAUAAACAGGACUGAAGCAUUUACAGGUCAAAAGAUAGAAAUGAAUGUGCAUAAGAGGAUUGGGAUGGACAUCAUCACAUGUAAAGUUACAGAAACUCUGGAAUCUCUGAGCGACAUUUAUAAUGUUGAACCCUUAUAUGGCCCGGAAUCAGCUGAAAUAUCUCCGAAUUUUAACACAACUCUCAGUAUCCAUGACAACAGUAGUUUUGGCCCUGUCAAUUGUAUUGCCCGAUGUAACCCUCCAUGUCAUGUAUAUUGGGAGGGAAUCGAUCCAAUGGGGACCAAAUUAACAAGCUUUUCUGGAAUGACACUUCCAAUUCAACAUAUACACAGAGAUGAAGUUAUGGCGUACCGAUGCGUGGCUAAAGGACAAUAUAAUAACACUCAAGGCCAGACAACAGCUAUCCGGGACAUUGGUUUUAAUAUUCAAUAUCUUUCUUCACCAACAUUCUUAGUGUCAGUCAAUGGAACUGUCAAAAACGGACUUAAUAAUGUCCUGGAUGAAGGGGAUAUUGUAACGUUGAACUGUACAGCUAAUGGGAAUCCCGAGCCCGAAGUUAUUAUCGAAACAAGACACGGGAACAAAGUCGGAAUGUUUGGGCUCAGAUCAAAGAAAUCGUUUACUUAUACUUUUUUGGGUGGAAUGCAAUGCACUGAUACAACUACAUAUAGAUGCACUGCUAGAAACAAAGAAUUUAUCGAUAGGUUUUCUGCAACGAAAAUAUAUGUAAAAUGUUCUCCUCGAUUGGAAAGUAAAAUGCAUUUUAAGUAUCUCUAUAACGCAGUGGCGGGAGAGGUUGUUUCUCUUAGUGUUCCUGUUAUAAGUUAUCCUGAACCCAAACAUGCCUAUUGGAUGGGACCUGUUGAGCACGAUAGAAUAAAAACAAUUAUUGCUCAGAGAAAUAGGCCUUAUCAGUUAUGGAUUAGUAGCGAUAUUCCUAUAUUCAAUCCUAAGUGUUAUGGGAACUACUCACUCUUUCUCGAUGGAAAGAUAAUCGUAACUAUUCAAAUCCAGAACAAAGAUAUGGUGCCUGUAAAAUCAGGGAAAUUGAUCCGGGUACUCGAGAAAAGCGAUAUUAUUAUUACUGUCCUAGGAGGUCUGGUUCUUGUCCUAAGCUUUUUAUUGAUAAUAUCUCUCAAAAAUGGGAGAAUUGCAAAUGCCAAAGGCAAAAGACUGAGUACAAGAACCAAAGAAGGUGAAACCUACAGUCUUAGAGAACAAGUUUACAACUCAUUAUCACGGAGACAAAGUACUGAUGAACAAAACUUGGAAUACGAAAAGAUAAACACGUAUGCUGAUGUUGCAUGUGCUUCGGCAAAUUCAGGAUAAAAUAUCCCACCCAUCUUUUGAAGAUAUUACUGUAAAUGCAUUUAUAUUUGAUAUUUAUAUUUUGUUCUGCACGAUAUUUUGAGAAUUUUUUUGCAACAAGUAAUUGUAGAAUUUGUUUAGCGUAAUGUGCUAGAUAUAAAUCAUAAUUUACAAGGCAUUUAGUGAUGUUCUUAAUUAAGUAGACUUUGCUUACUGCCAAAAUCGCUAAUUAAAAUACACCGCUAACUGUAAUACGAUUACAGUAUUACAAAAUCAUGAAAGUAUGAAGGGCCUUGAAACAUCAGUUUAGUUAUAUGUUUGGCUUAUAUUCUACCUACUCAUGAAAGAAGUUAACGACAAUUGUUAUGAAAGUUUAUUUGAGAUUAAAAAAUAUAAAUGUUGCAGGAGGUUAUAAAUUGAUUGCAAGUUAUAAAAUCAUUUGUAUCAUUUUUUGGUUUAAAUGAGGCAUCACAUGACAUUGAACAAAUGAUCAAAUUCAAUAUCAUUUAAAUGUUCUCUUACGUAUCAAUUUAAAGUCAUAUUUCAAUUAAACUCUUGGGUGUCUUUUUAUAUUUAUACCUGUAUUCGUGUAAAAAAGGACGAAAAUGCACUGAUUUGAUUUUGAAAUAGAAAUACUAAAUAACAUAAUUGCACGACAUCAUGUAACUUCAAAUUCUAGACAUUUCAAAUGUAUUUCGCACUUUGCAUUUUACCAGCAGUUUAUUUUGAUUACGUGACCAAAUUCCUUUCAUCGCAAACUGAAUGUCAUUUGGAUUGUGAUGUGAAGAAAGAUAUUGGCAAAUGUAUAUUUUUUUUGUAUUCACUGAAGAAAAAUUUGAUUUGUAGGGGUUAAGAUAUAAAAGAUACAGAAUCGAUGGUAGGAGUGUACAUGUAUUCGUAUGUAAAAAAAAAUUACUGUUUUUAUCAUAAUGUUUUAUGGUUUUAAAGCAUCAACCAUUUUUAAUUAUUUUUUUUUUCAUAUAUGU